CCCUGAAAACGAAACGAACCGCAGUGAAGUGAACGAGUUUAGCAAGUUGUUGAGUUGGUUGACAUAUUGCGAUGUAGUGAUUGAUUUUCUCACAAAAAAAAAAAAAAAAACAUCCUUUUUUUCUCACACACAAAUCAAAUCAAGUUCAAUCUACAAUAUUUUUGCCAAUCAAAUAAAAAUAAUACACAAAAAAAAAAAGAGUUUUUGUCAGUUUUUCCACACAACCAAAAAAAAGAAGUGCUCCAUCAAACACACCAUAAGUGCCCCUCCGAGUGAGAGAGUGUGAGAAGAGUGAGAGAGCUUCUCUGCUGCGCUGCGGCUUGAUACAGAACAGGAAUAAUAUACAAAACAGUGUUGUCACUUUGAUAAGAUUUGUUGCCUUGGGAAAAUUUAAUACCAAAAUUCAACAAGGCUAAAGUGACAGCGCCGCACCAACCAACAAGGAAUGUAUCUACCAACACAAAUUUUCGCUACACCUUGAAAAUCCCCCAAAGAGAGAGAAAAUACACCCUCUUGCUACACGCAUAACAAGAAUACAAAAAAAAAAAAACAACAACAACUCAAUUUAUUAAAGGUGCGUGUUUUUAAGAGAGUCAAAAAGUCUCUUGCAAGAAGGAUUCAAUAAAACCCAACAACAAAAAUAAAAGGAAAGGCAAAAAGUCAAAUAACCACUAAAAACGGCAACGAGAGAAAAAACACUCACAGAAAAUAAUUUUAUGGCAGAAUAAAACACACAAGAGAGAAAAACAAAAUCCUUCAGCAAAAAAAGAUAUUUUCGUACCAAGUCAAAUUAUCCAUACAACAAUUUUUGUUGGUCUUGUUGUUGUUGUUAAUAUAAUAUUUUUUUUUGUCAUCGUCUUCAUCGUUGUCUCAUCAGUUUCCGGCUUUCAUCGUUUCGAUUCUUACCUUAAAGCACACCACACAACGACUUGGACUCAACGGUGUGGGAAUUAAUUAAAUGCAUUGAAGAGGAAAACGCACAGAGAAAAAAAAGAGACGAUUGAAAAAAUCAAAAGGUGCCAUCAACUCAGCACUCAAGCAUACCAAACCACACUCUCUACACUACCCCACACCACCCCUUUCUUCCCUCUUUUUGGUGUGUGUGUGUUGUUAUUUUUUUUUUGUAUUCGUUUUCGUCUCUGAGUAGAUAUACCUACAACAAAAUAAUCGAAGCAAAGAAGAAAGUGAAACGAGAGACGCGCCCCACACGAGAUAUCCAGGACCUGUUGGUGCUCCAUUGCUGAAAUUCUAUCGUGUGCUUUGAGUAUAAUAUCGUGGUUGUCAUCAUCUCUAUUCUUUACAUCUCUCCUUAAUUCUCAUCAUCAUCGCUGCUUUAGCCCCAGCGAGCGCCACCAAAUAUCCACAUCCCCCCUUAAAAUAAUAAAUAUAAUUUGCAAGGGCACACUAGUCUUAAAAAACUAUCAUGGCAGAAGCAUGUGUGACAUCAGCAUCGGCGGCGACGGCAAACAACACGAACAAUAACGGUGUUGCUGCUUCAUCAAAUCCCAAUGCCGAAGUGAUUAGAGGUCAAAUCUUUGAAGUCGGUCCUCGAUACAAGGAUUUGGCGUACAUAGGUGAAGGUGCUUAUGGAAUGGUCGUAUCUGCUUUGGACACUUUAACAAACACCAAGGUGGCAAUUAAGAAAAUCUCCCCAUUUGAACAUCAGACCUAUUGUCAAAGGACACUGCGAGAGAUAAAGAUUUUAACGCGCUUUAGGCAUGAGAAUAUAAUCGAUAUAAGAGACAUCCUGCGGGUAGAUAGCAUAGAACAAAUGAAAGAUGUAUAUAUUGUACAGUGUUUAAUGGAGACUGAUCUAUAUAAACUACUCAAAACUCAGAGGCUAAGUAAUGAUCACAUAUGUUAUUUUCUCUAUCAAAUUCUUCGUGGCUUAAAAUAUAUCCAUUCGGCAAAUGUCUUACAUCGGGAUUUGAAACCCAGCAACUUACUGCUAAACACAACGUGCGAUCUUAAGAUUUGUGAUUUUGGUUUGGCGCGUGUAGCUGAUCCUGAACACGAUCAUACAGGAUUUUUAACGGAGUACGUUGCCACGCGAUGGUACAGAGCACCAGAAAUUAUGUUGAACUCAAAAGGUUACACAAAAUCAAUUGAUAUGUGGUCAGUUGGUUGUAUAUUGGCCGAAAUGUUGAGUAACCGGCCAAUUUUCCCUGGAAAACACUACCUAGAUCAAUUAAAUCAUAUUCUUGGUGUUCUAGGAUCACCAUCACAAGAGGAUUUGGAAUGUAUUAUCAACGAUAAGGCUCGUAAUUAUUUGGAAUCUUUGCCGUUUAAGCCAAAAGUUCCCUGGGUACGGUUAUUCCAUAGCGCUGACCAGUUAGCAUUAGAUCUCUUAGGAAAAAUGCUGACUUUUAAUCCCCACAAUAGAAUAACAGUAGAAGAAGCGCUAGCACAUCCUUACUUGGAACAAUACUAUGAUCCUGGUGAUGAGCCUGUUGCCGAUGAACCAUUCCGCAUCGGCAUGGAACUCGAUGAUCUUCCACGUGAAACACUAAAAACCCUCAUUUUCGAAGAGACCCUUAAAUUUAAAGAAACACUUCCCGAUCAAGCCGUGUAGACACAUCAAUAAAAUUUCAAUCGCUAUUUCUUAAAUUCCAAAAAAAAAAAACAACUCUUUUUUUUUUAUUUCUUUCUUUUAUUUUUUCUCUUCAAACACAAAAAAUUCUUUUAAAAAACAAAAAUGUAUUUAAAUAAUAAAUACUGCUAUCGUUUAUUGCGUACAACAACACAACUUAAGUCGAUUAAAGUAUUCCCAAUCAAAAAAAGUGUAUUUUGUAUUCAUUUAAAAAAAAACUCUUGCUUAAUAAACAAAAACAAAAAAAAAUACAUAUAACAUUUAUG